AUGCCGUGUCAAACGUCACAAAUGCAUAAAACCGAGGCGAAGAAGGAAGGUAUUGUUGCAUUCCAGGUGAUGAAGUAUCACCGAAGAAGCCGGCUUCCAAUUCUCAUCACCUCAACAGCCCUCGUGUUCUGCUUCCUCAUUAGUAUAGCGAGUCUCGCCCUCCUCCUUCUCUUUGACAACAUUGUGGAGUGGAAAAUUUCAGAGUCAGUAAAGCUGCAAAAUGAAUCCGCGGUUCUCAACAGUUGGAAAUCGCAAAACGUGGUGAGCAAAUUUUCGGUCUUCUUCUACAACCUGACAAAUCCCACCGAGAUGCUCGCCGGUGAAAAGCCGGUGCUUCAGGCGAUCGGACCCUACGUCUAUUGGCAAGAAAACGAAAAGGUGAACAUCUCGUGGACAGAGGUGGACGGAGUUCCAGCCAUAUCUUACUUCAAACGAAGCACCUAUAAAUAUGACGCAAAGCUCUCCGUCGGAGACCCGAAAAAUGACGCAAUUACAUCGGCGAACCUACCGAUUCUGGCCAUUUCAGCAGCCAGUAAUGCGGGUCGAGGACCGAGCCUCAGUACAAUAGAGAUGGUUAAAUUUUGGACCAGUCCACAAAUCUUCACCACACAAACCGUUCAUGGCUUCUUGUGGGGCUACUUCGAUACAAUGCUUAGUCUGUGCAAGAUCUUCUACCCUGAGACGUGUCAAACCGACCAUGUGGGCCUUCUCCUCAAUACCAACAACACCCUAAAGGGUCCCUACAUCAUCGAUGCUGGAAUAAAGAAUUCAUCAAAUGUAGGCAAAUUCCUCUCCAUCAAAGGCAAUAGGAAACUGAAUAUCUGGUCAACAAAACGAGCCAAUGAAAUUCGCGGAACAGAUGGUACGCGAUUGGCCAAAGGCAUUCAAGUGGGAGACCUACGAGAGAUUUUUGUCGCUCUGCUUUGUCAACCCAUCAAAAUAACCGCUAAAGACUUCACUCACCCUUCGGCAUUUCAGGACUUGAAGGUGAUGGAAAUGGAUCUGGACUCAUCGAAGUGCCUUCCUGGUGAAGUCUACUGUCCAAACAAGGCCUCUGGACCGGAGUGCCCACCGAGGGGACUCUUCGACAUCUCUCAGUGUUCAGUGCGUGGUGAUGUGGCCCCACCAAUUUUCGCCUCUAUGCCACAUUUCCUGAACUCCUUGGAAAAUAUCACUACACCCUUCCGCGGUCUUAGAAGUGCCGAUCCAAGGAGAGACAAUUUUAAGCUUCUCGUUGAGCCGAGAACUGGAAUUGUUGUGGAGGCACACAUUCGACUGCAGGUGAACGCCCACAUCGAACGCUCUGCACAUAUGGCAGACCUCUAUAAAAACAUCUCCGAUCCAAUGUAUCUGCCAAUGGCAUGGUUCGAAAAUGAAAUUGAAGGUGGUCCCGAGGCCUUGAAGCUCCUCUACUCUGCAGUCUACGUUCAGCCGGAUCACAUUCGUCUGGCGAUCUACGUUUCAUUCAUUCUUGCUGUCACCCUCUUCGGCAUUUUCUCCAUCGUAAAUGUGAUACUAAUGCUAGUGCGCAACUCCAAGUGCAUUUGCUCUGUUUUUCGGUUGCGGAAACAAAAUCCCUCUGUGCGACAUCUCCUUCUUGAUGCUCCUGCUGAUAGUGCUAGUGACUUGUAUCAGGAGGGUCUAUAG